AUGAAGUUUUCGCUAACCACUUUUCUCGCUGUGGCAGUCGCCUCUGCCGAGGCCCACUACACCUUCGGUCGCCUCGUCUACGGCGGCACAACCUACCCCGAAUGGCAACACGUGCGCAAGACGCUCAAUUUCUACACCAACGGCCCGGCCGACGGUGUAUCGUCGACGCAGAUUCGCUGCUAUGAAGCAGACGCCGCUGACCGCGGCACGGUGACAACGCUGCCGGUAUCGGCAGGCUCAACAAUCGGAUUUGCGGCCAACGGGGUCGUAGGACACCCGGGACCGGCGAGCUUCUACAUGGCCAAGGUGCCGACCGGCCAAACCGCGGCGACGUGGGACGGCAGCGGGGCGGUGUGGUUCAAGAUCUACCACGAGAGGCCGACUAUUACGAGCAGUGGGUUGGAGUGGGCUUCUACCAACACUCAAGUCCUCUCUGCCAAGAUUCCGGCGUGCAUCCCAUCAGGCGAGUACCUCGUCCGCGUCGAGCACCUGGCGCUCCAUGGCGCCGCCACGGAGGGCGGCGCGCAGUUCUACCUCGCGUGCGCGCAGGUGUCCGUGUCUGGGGGCGGGAGCACCAGCCCAUCGGGCCUCGUGUCGUUCCCGGGGGCGUACAAGUCUACGGACCCGGGGAUCCUGUUCCAGCCGUACUGGCCCACGCCGACGAGCUACACUAACCCGGGACCGGCCCCGUUCAGCUGCUGA